AUGUCUGACGUUAAGCUGAUUCUCAAGGCAGAUUUGAGUAUUCCCUCACUCUUCAAUGUCAAGGGAAAAGUUGCUGUAGUCACUGGGGGAAGCUCAGGCAUCGGCACCAUGAUUGCGUCUGCAUUCGUCCAGAACGGAGCAACAGUAUACAUCGCCGCCCGCAAGGAGAAACAGCUGAAGGAGGUGUGCGACAGGCUGAAUAACGAAGGCCCGGGCACCUGCUACUAUUUCGUCGCCGACCUGACAACCAAAGCUGGUUGCGACAGCCUUACAGCCUCUAUCAAAGAGCGGGAGUCGAAGGUCCACAUCCUUGUCAACAAUUCUGGUAUCAGCUGGGGUGCUCCAUAUGAGAAUUUUCCUGAGAAAGAAGGCUGGGAUCGACUAUUGGCGCUCAAUGUAAAGAGCAUCUUUUACCUGACAGUUGCAUUGACCGACGUCCUGGCGAAAGAUGCGACCAACAUCGACCCGGGGAGAAUCAUCAACAUCUCAUCCGUUUCGGCCCAUGUUCCGUCACCAUACGGUAACCUUUCUGGCGACGGAAAUGGGACCUGGAGCUACAGCGCCAGCAAGGCUGCUGUCAACCACCUCACAACGCAAUUAGCCUCGUCGUUAGCCUCAAAAUUCAUCACCGUGAAUGCCAUUCUCCCCGGCAUUUUCCCCUCCAAAAUGACGAAAUAUGCAUUCAAUGAACGUGGUACUAUAAUGACUAAUGACCAUCCGUUCGGUCGUCUGGGCGCACCCAGAGACAUGGCUGGCGCAGCGUUGUUCUUGGCCAGCCCUGCUGGUGCAUAUGUAUCUGCUGCACACAUCGUUGUCGACGGCGGCAAUCUCGCUUCGGCCAAGUCUCACCUUUGA